AUGGCCAUCGACCCCAAAGACCCAGACGGCGACUCGACAAUGACCUCCUCCGCAGACUCCAUCCGCCCGGACGAAGAUAGAACCGGCGCGCGCACUCCUACAGCCAUAGCCCACGCUUCCGGGGCUGGCGGUGAUGCAGCGGAGCUUUCUCCUCCCGGCUCUCAGACACAUCAAGAAUCAGUAUCGAUUGGCGAUAUUGGAACUGCGCUUGAUGACCGCGCUGGACAGCCGGACAAGACGUCGGAACAGCCUGGCCCGGCGUGGCAGAGCAAGCGUGCCCAGGAGGAAUACCAACGCGCUAUGGAAUUUGUUGUCGACAAGGAUUUCAGUCUAGCUGAAUUUGGCGACCCCUUCGAUGAGCGAGACUUGACGGGGACGCCGUUUUUUACUAAGUAG